AUGGGAGAAAUCUCAAGCAUGCAAUUGGGGGUUAUAGGGGCAUUGUUUCUGUCGGUGGCAUCAUCGGUGUCCAUUGUCAUAUGCAACAAAGCCUUGAUGAGCAAUCUUGGUUUUCAAUUUGCCACGACAUUGACAAGCUGGCAUCUGUUGGUGACGUAUUGCACACUCCACGUGGCACUUAAGUUAAAAUUCUUUGAAAACAAGCCAAUUGACAUGAAGACUGUGACAUUGUUUGGCAUAUUAAAUGGAGUUUCUAUUGGCUUUCUUAACUUAAGUCUUGGCUUUAAUUCUAUUGGCUUUUACCAGAUGACAAAACUUGCAAUUAUACCUUUCACUGUGCUGCUAGAAACCAUUUUCUUGAAUAAACAAUUCAGCCGGAAUAUAAAGUUGUCUCUCGGAGUCCUCCUGAUCGGCGUCGGCAUCGCCUCCGUCACCGAUCUCCAGCUCAAUUUUGUUGGGACAGUCCUUUCCCUCCUUGCCAUCAUAACAACUUGUGUUGGCCAAAUUCUUACCAACACAAUACAAAAGAGGUUGAACAUCUCAGCUACCCAGCUGCUAUACCAAUCAGCACCAUUUCAAUCUGCAAUUCUUUUUGUGACAGGGCCUUUGUUGGAUCAAUUCCUCACCAACCAAUCUGUUUUUUCCUAUAAUUAUUCACCAAUGGUAUUGGGAUUUAUAGCACUUUCAUGCUUGAUUGCUGUGUCAGUGAACUUCAGCACAUUCUUGGUGAUUGGGAAGACAUCACCUGUGACAUAUCAAGUGUUGGGGCACUUGAAAACAUGUCUUGUUCUUGGGUUUGGGUAUACACUGCUGCAUGAUCCCUUCACUGCUAGGAACAUUAUUGGAAUUUUGGUUGCCAUUGUUGGAAUGGGCUUGUACUCCUAUUUCUGCACACAUGAAACCAAGAGGAAGUCACACUCAUAUGGAGAAUUAUCCUCUUUGUCUCAAGACAAAGACAGGGAUAACACCACACCACUUUUGGUGGCCAAGAACAUUAGUUAUCAGCAAGAAAAGGAAAACCAUGGAGCCAAGGACUCCCUCGUUUAGACUAGACUAGGUUUUCUUGAAUUCGUACAUUCUACAUGGUACGUGCAGAAGAAAUGAAGUUUUUGGCCUUUACCAGAUAAACCAAUACAAUGUUG